AUCAGUUUGUGGGUGUUCACUGAGAAUUAAACCAUGACCUUUUGAACUACUAAUGUGAUGAUCCACACGUUGAGCUACAGGAACUGUUUUGUAUAUUUAGUUUCAUGCAUUGCUUUUUGCAAUAACUCUCUUCAGAGUUGAGUUAUAUUUGUUUUUAUUUGUGCUAGUCUUUACUGCUUUGAUUUUCAGUUUUACUUUUAAAGCAUUUAAGUAAAAACUCUCAUCUCUCUCUCUCUCUCUCUCUCUCUCUCUCUCACUAUCUCUCUGUGUCUCUCUCUCUUCUGACUCUGUCUCUCUCUAGAGACUCAGUGAUUCAUUCUUUCCUACCUUACAAAUGAAGAAGUGAAACAUUCUUGCGUUCCUCUCACCUCCCCUAAUCUCUCUCUAUCAGUCUCUCUUUCUUUUUCAGUCUCUCUGUCUGUCAGUGUUUAUUUAAGAGUUGUCACAGUUAUUGUCUGUAGUGAUGGAGAGAGGAUCAUGUGCUUCUGGUUCUUUCUGGGAUUCUUUAACCAAACAGUGCAUAUCUCACACAUCUUAUGAGCUGAGAUCAUCCAUCACCGAUGUUCCUACAGCUGUCGUGAAGUCGGUGUUGAGCGGCAGAGAUGCAGGAGAGUCGUGGAGCGCCGUCGGUCUCAGUGUGUGGAUCUGUGUUGGGCUGGUGGUGACUGGAUCACUGCUGGUGCUCAUCUUCUGGUUCAUCAUCUACAAACAUCACAGCAGGACCUCACAGAACACAGCAGGUCAGAAGGACGAUUACACUGCAGUGACAUCACAACAGGAAGUUUUGCAUCUCAACGGCCAGCUACAGGAAGUGUCCAUCACUGAGGCGACGUGUGGGCGGAGCCUGUGUAAUGGAUGGGCGGAGCAUGUUCUACCACUCCCUGCAACCGAGUUGGGAGAUUCUGCCCUCGUUACAACUAAAACUGGACAACCUGUUGAGGUUUGACUAAAACUAAUGAAAUAGAUUCAAGAUGAUUCAAGAUCAGAAAGUUUUAGUUUAUGAUGUACUUACUAUUAUAUGACAACAUAAAGUUUUACUGUAAAUAAACCAAAAACUAUGGCUCUUAAAAAUCGGUUUUGUCUUCCUGCCAAACAGAGAAACACUUCUGGUUUAAUAAAUAGCGAAUGAUGGUUUGCAUUCCUCAAUUGAAUGCCUUGAUGCUAUUGGAGUCUUUUAUGACGGUGAUUCUCAAAUCUGUUUCUGGUGAUCCACUGCACGUGUGUUUUGUAUGUUUCUCUCUUAUUUAACAAACUUGACUCUGAUCAGAAGAUCUUUAGAUGAGAGCAUCAUGAACUCAACUCAGUAGAUGCGUUUCCAUAAAAAUACCCUUGAAUGUAAAACUAUAUUUACUGAGGCAUAGAUGAAUAAUAAGAGUGUACAUGGUAAUGACAUAUUGUGAGCCUCAAACACGAUUGUUUCCACCUUAUGUAAACCUCAUGCAUGCAAAAGACUGCUGGAAAACAGACCAAUCACAACAUAACACCAACUGUGACGUUACAGUCCAAAUUAAUUACAGUUCUACUAUUGACGUUAUAGUUAUGUUUUGCAGGUCCAUACUGAACAAAAACAAACUUAAUCACUCAGAAAAGUCCAUUAACAAUCUCCAAACAAUUGAUUAUUCCUCAAAAUCUGAUACAGACUCAAACAUAAGAUCUGUUUACACACACACAGAGCUACUGAAGGAGAAACAGCCAAUCAGAGCAGAGUUCAACAUUA